GCAACCCAUGCAGCCCAUGAAUGACGGCACCCGUCACUGAUUGGGGCAAUCCGAGAUCGAGACAAGAAACAAGCAUUCUUUUGAAACGGCCUUCCUUAUACCCGCAUUAAUGUCACGUCGACACGGCAUCAAAAUCGGAGUCAAUAUUGGGGGACGGCAAGCGGUCAAUUGGUUUUCCUACUACACCUCUCUCUCUCUUUAAUUAUCUUUCUCUCUUUUCCUUCUCUCGUUGCACGGCCAAUUUUUGCAUGAGGAAUAGCGGAAAACAAAAUUCACAUUGUACACCACGGACUUUCUUUUAUCUCUCUCUCUCUCGGCAAGGGCUUGGCCACGUGCCUGCCGCCCUGGCAACGAUGGAAUGAUGGAUGACUGGACAUCGCACGGAUCAACGGCACACGCUUGACACAAGCAAAUUCGGGGGUCGGUUUUGGGUUUCUUUUUUAGAAAGUCCUAGAUGGGAGGGCAACUUUCACUAUCCUCGACUUUGCUUCUCUGGCAGGGUCGACUCGGAAGCAAACGAGACGACUUGGGUGGCAUUAGGGGGUGGAACUGGCAUUUGUAAGAAUACGGACGGAGGCUGUCGGCGGCCUGGGGGUUCUCUGGCGGAUGGACGGAUGGGAGGGACUUGGUUUGGGACUCAUUACGGACCUGAAAAAUGGCGUUGGCUUUUCCGGUUCUUGGCUUUUUCUUAUUCUCUUUUUUUCUUCCCCAGACGCGUUUUCUCUGCGCUUCUACACCCGCCUCCUAGCUUUCCUGCAUCUUUGACUUUCAUCUUUGGUCAUUCUUGCGGAAAAGUUUCCCCUUUCUUCUUUUCUCUUUACCUGACUUCAUCUCACGCCUUGUGACAACCGCCUUUCAACUCAAGAUCGGCUUAGUCACGGGGGCACCGAGAGUCGUUGGUAGUGAGGGAUUAAGAUCUGAAGAGGAGUUGGAGAUGAUGGAGAGGAGGCUGGAAUGAGCGACGCGCAACCAAAAACUUUCCUUGAACUUGUUGAUAACGCUUCGUCUUGCAAGGGCUUUGAACGCUUAGAUAGCUCAGCCUAAUGAAAUACGCAGUUAAGCUAAAAAA